UGCGAGCCGGACACGGAGCGCCCCUCUCCCCAGCCAGGACGGCACCAACCGCUUCCCCCAGCUUGUGAGCGAGUGACUCCAGCCCCGAGGGAGACACCCAUAAAGCCGGAGUCUGGUGAGAGAUUUGUAACCCGCCCCAGCCCCACGCUCACAGAGUCCAGAUCUCUCAGAUUUAGCCACCGUAGGUACCAGCCGCUUGGGUCCCAUCAUGGCGUUUCCUGAGCCGAAGCCCAAGAAGCCAGAGCUGCCAAAGAAGCUGGUGCAGACUCUGGAGUGCAAACAGGGAGCGGUCAGGGCAGUGAGGUUUAAUGUGGAUGGAAAUUACUGUCUCACCUGUGGAAGCGACAAGUCCCUGAAGCUGUGGAACCCCCACAAGGGGACCCUCCUGAAGACCUACAGUGGCCACGGCUACGAAGUGUUGGACGCGGCUGGCUCCUUUGAUAACAGCCAGCUCUGUUCCUGUGGGGCCGACAAAACGGUCGUCCUGUGGGAUGUAGCCAGUGGGCAGGUGAUCCGCAAGUUCAGAGGUCACGCAGGGAAGGUGAACUGUGUGCAGUUCAACGAGGAGGCCACCGUGAUCCUGUCGGGCUCAAUCGAUUCCAGCGUCCGCUGCUGGGACUGCCGCUCACGCAGACCCGACCCCAUCCAGAUCCUGGACGAAGCCAAGGACGGGGUGUCCAGCCUGAAAGUGUCGGAUUACGAGAUCCUCUCUGGCUCUGUGGACGGCCGCGUCCGGCGCUACGACCUGCGCGCAGGGGAGCUGUACUCGGAUUACGUUGGAAGCCCCGUCACCAGCGUGUGUUUCAGCAAGGACGGGCAGUGCACGCUGGCUGCCAGCCUGGACUCCACCCUGCGCCUGCUGGACAAGGACACUGGGGAGCUGCUGGGCGAAUACACCGGCCACAAGAACACGGCCUACAAGCUGGACUGCUGCCUGAGCGAGAAGGAUACGCACGUGGCCAGCUGCUCGGAGGACGGGCAGGUGUAUUUCUGGGACCUGGUUGAGGGCUCCCUGACGCUGAGCCUGCCCGUGGGCAGAGGCGUGGUCCAGUCCCUGUCCUUCCACCCCAGCGAGCCUGGUCUGCUCACGGCCAGUGAGGGGCGCGUGCAGUUCUGGAGGGAGGAGACCCACACAGCCGAGGAGCAGCCGCCCGCCUGUUGAGCUGGAGCAUCAGGUGUCCCUCCGGCCAAUCACACACGGACUCAGCCUUGGGGCAGCUGCUUUAUUGAGCCCUGUCUGAGUGGGGGCGGCGGCAGCAGCAAGCCCCAGAGCAUGGCAUGCGGGGGGGGGGAGCCCAACUUCUUCCCCUACACAGCAGCUCAGAGCCCAGCCAUGCAGGGGUCCUGGGCCUGCCCAGCAACCCUCUACCAACCAGUGACCCUACAGCCCCCCUCUAACUGCCCAGCCCCCCACUCCAGGGGGUAUCUGGACACAGCCACAACUGGCUCAGAGGGCCUGGGGGUGGGGAGACUUCAGAAGACAUUAAUGGGGGGACCCCCCAAGGCCUCUAACCAUCAUCCAUCUGGGGCUUUGUUUUUUUUUUAAAUCUUCCCCAAAAUCUAUCCCCCAGUGCCAGGCUGGGCACGGCUACUGCUGCCAGGCGUCCGUUCCAUCGGUCAAGUACCCCACAGUCACCCUCCCUCUGCCCCCAACAGGUCCAGCGAGGGCACGACCAGCACCCCCCAUGGAAACUGACACCUGGGCACCAGCUCCAGCCAGGAGCUAAACUCUCCGUUUUCCCUGCAGCAGAGCUCAGUGCAGCCAGGCGGUUCUCUGCCCCCUGCAAAAGGGGGUGUUCCUAGCACAGGUUAGGACAGACGCGCCCCCGGUCUCCCCAGGGAGCACAGCUCCCAGCCCCCAGGCUGCCCUCGGGACAGGGCUCCGUUAGCCUGCGCUAGGGCCGGAACACGCAGCAGCGGGGGUUUAGUGCCACUUAGCCGCUGACGUUAGAGGGGAGCUGCGAUGGCUGGCUGGCUCUUCGCUGUUGCUAACUGGUGUCCUCACCGCAGGGGAUGGGAGCACAGUUGCUCUUUCCCAAAAGCUGAAUAAUAAAAUCAUGUUUAA